UUCGUCGUACACACCGGGCCCGCUCGUUGCCGCUUUGCUACGCGGAGCUUACAAUUCAAAUUGAUCGCUGAGGUGAGACGCGUUGGUGCACCUUUGUGUUGGUAGCGUAUAUAAAAUCUACAAGACGCUAUUGGAUCGGAUUAGUCAAGGUUCUGAUUUCGGACGGUACGAAACGGUGUGAUUUCCGAUUCUAGUGACAGUAAUUUUUUCAAGAUGACAAAGUUGAUGUUUACGAUUCUGGCUGUAUGCCUUGUUCAGGUUUCACUGGCACGUGUUGUUCGAGAUGCUCCAGAACCACUGGCAGAGAAUUCGUUCUUGAAAACGCUUACCGCAGUUCAGGAGAAAGCCCAUGAAGCAUUGACUGGGCUUAAUCAAAGUGUGUUGAAAUCACUGGGAUUUCAAUCGAACGAUGAAGUAGUGGAAACAAUCCAGAAGAACACCAACAAGUAUGUCGAACAGCUGAAGACCGUUCAAACGAACAUCCAAGAGGAACUGAAGAAGCACCCGAACCCUCUCGAUCCUGUCAUUACGUCGUUGACCGAAAAGAUUGCCGAAACUAGAAAGUCGCUCAGCGAGCAAAACCCGGAACUGGUGCAAAAGGCCCAGGAAUAUCAGGAAUCCGUGCAGACCCGUAUCCAAUCGCUGUUGACCGAAGCUCAAAAAACCGGCGAACAACUGAAGGAAACUAGCCGAGGUGCCACGGAACAGCUGCAAUCCGCUCUGAAGCAGUUGUACGAUGUUACUUUCGACACAUUGAAGAAAACCGCUACGGAGUUGGAGCCAAACAAGACAGCCCAAUCGUAAAAAUGGUGAAUUUUUAGCGUGCUAGUGUUCUUUAUUUUUAAUAGAAAAAUGUGAGUAUCAUAACUGACAAUAAAUGACUCGAUUCGUGUACCAGUA